AUGUCAAGUUCAGAGCAAACAAAAAAUGAAGUUGGAUGUUAUUUUAAUGACAUUAAGCCAAUUGAGGUAUUUGAAUACCCUAGUCAAGCAUCAAAACUUAUUUGGAAUGUCAAUUCCGAUAAUAUUUUACAAACGUCAUCACAAAUUAUAGAAUUUAUUAAAUCUAACAAAAUACCUAUCCAAAUGACACUUUACUUGAUUGAUAUAUUUUCACAAAUUCGUGAAAAAGAUAUUAAAUUAUUUACAGAACUUUACAAAAAGAUAUUAAACGAAUUCUCAUGCCUAAUCAAACCGGAAAAUGAGAAAUUAGCGAUGUUAUUAUAUUAUAGAGGUUUCAAAUUUGAAAACUUCGAAUCUGAAAUGAAAGAAGAAAAAAUCCUGAAUUUGUAUCCAACAGAAUCUCCUUUAUACUAUAUUGCAUGGGAUAAAGUUGAUGAUCUUAAGAGUAAAUUCCCAAAUCUUGAUAUUAAUGAGAAGAUUAAUGAAAUCACACCACUUGAUUGUUCAAUUAAAUAUGGUUCAGAAUUGUGUUUCAAUUAUUUGAAAAAUUUAGGAGCUAAAUACACUAAAUACUCCGAAAUGUAUGCUGUUCAAGGCGGAAAUACAAACAUUUUUAUGGAAAUGAUAGAAGAUGGUAAAUCAUUUGAUAACAUGAUUAAUACAGCAUUGGAUUAUCAUAACUAUGAAAUUGCUAACUACCUUAAAUCAAACUUUGGACAAACUUUUGAUUCAAUAGCAGAAAGUAUGCAUUUCGGAAAUUAUGAUGUUGCAUCUUAUUUACUUUCUAAUGGAGGAAAUAUCAACAAAAUUUAUAUUCUCUUUAUUUUCACAUUUUUAAUUGUUUUAUCUAAUUCUCUUUCUUUUCAUUUUUAUCGUUGUUUUAUAGGAUUUUCUUUCUUUUCAUAUUUACCAAUGUGUUAUAGAGUUUUCUUUCAUUUCAUAUUUAUUAUUGUUUUAUGA